AUGUAUCAACCGCCUUAUGUGCAGAACGAGCCGUAUCAACAUUAUCAGCCAUAUCAGCAACAACAGCCGCAGCAGCAACAGACUACAUACGAGUACAAGCCUGUAACUGCCCAAGAGGUUUAUCCUGUCGAGACAGAUGCGGGACAGUCUGAGAAGCGGGGGCGAGAGAGACCUGAUUAUCGACCAAUUCCUCUACGAUGGCCUUUCAUCAGUGCGUUGAUUCUUGUGUUGUUGGGUCUUAUGGGAUUGAUUAUCUAUGCUACACGCACGUUGAAUGGCGAUGAUAAAACAGCAAAACUCGAGAAUCGUUCGUUUGGAAUCACAAAUGAAGACCUCUUCUAUAUGAAGAGACAAGAUGUCGCGAGCGAACCGUCUCAACCUGAACCAACAGCCGACACCGGAACUGAGGGAUCUCAAGCCUCAGAAGCUGAGCCUGAGCCUGUGCCUACAGACGACACACCUGCUACAACUGGUGAUGUCGAAGGAGGAACUUUGACAACAGCCCUCAUUGAAUCAGUCUUUACCACAAUGGUCACAGAACCAGGCUCAAUCGAAGUCUCAAAAACAACCGAGCUCAUCACAGAAACCGGCGAAACAACACUAACCGAAACCAUCACCGAAGCAGCGUCAACAUUCACGUCUUUCAUCCCCGAAGAGUCUGUCCCCCCUGAAGAAUGGCAGCCUACAACAGUCGUCCAACCCGGCCAGACAAAAACCCUCAUCACCGUAAAAGAAAACGGCGCUGUUCGAACAACCGUUCGAGAAACUACACGGACUGGCCCACCGAUUGUUUACGCUUCUGUUGGAACCACGACGAUCUACUCGGUUCUCACUAUUGAUUCUGAAGGAAAAGUGGCGAAACCGCCUGUUACCAGGGUUAGAACAAGUGAGGUCGCUGCUACGGUCAAGACAGUAGUUGAUGCGCCCCCGCCUGUCACUAUGGUUCAGACUCUAGCGGAUGGACAGGUUAUAACGUCUGUUUCUACGCCGAUUGGGACUACGCGUGUUACGACUGUGCCGCCGACAAAGGUUGUUGUCACAGAUGUUGAGACGCCGACUGGUGAUACCAAGAUUGUUGUUGAAGCCACGACGCAUACGCUUACGCAUUCUGGAUACUUCAUUGGAAAGUUUCUACCGCCUAUUGUUGCUGUUCUUCUUGCAAUGGGAAUUCGAGCGCUGAAUCAGUCGGCGCAGCAGUAUCAGCCUUUUGCUGCAUUGUCAAGACAGGGCGGUGCUUUGGGUCGUGAGGCUUUGUUGUUGAGUUUCGAUGGAUGGAUGAGUAUCUAUCUCCCGUUCAAGCUGUUAUUCAACAACCAACCUCUUCCCUUCCUUACAGCACUAGCUCUAUGGGCAUCCAGUAUCGCGGCUCCGUUGUCCAGUGAAGCUACAUCUGCCUACGCACUCGUCGGUCUUCUCGGCGCAAUCGCAAUUCUUCUCAUGUUCACACUUAGUGUCAUCAGUCGACAUUGGCGAACUGGUGUGUUUGCGAAUCCCUGGUGUGCUGCUAACACGGCGGCGCUUGUUGCUCGCAACCCCGAGAUUCGAUCGAUGGGGGCUCAGGAUUGGAAAGACUUGAAGGGUGCUGUUACGGAGAAGAGGUUCGCUAUGGGGUGGUUUCGCAAUCAAGAGGGGAGAGAUGAGUAUGGUCUUGUUGUCGUUGGUGAUGUGAAUCGCGAUAUCAUGGCCCCUUAUGGUAAUACGCCUUAUGAAGAGGGCAUGGCGUAUCGACCUCAAACCCGUCGUCGAGCACCGCAGACGUUCAUGGCUUUGAGUUUCUGGUAUCGCUUCACGUUCCUCGUGUUUCUGAUCUGUCUUCUUGGGUUCAUUAGCUACUAUCACUUUGUUGAUACGUUCAGCCACUUGCCCAAGAACAUGAAGAAGUUAAUGGAGAGUCAAGACUUUGGUGUACGAUUUGUUUGUUCUGCACUUGGUGUUAUUGUUGUCUUUUGUUGGGAGUUUCUCUUCACCAGUGUCGCUGUUAUCACACCAUACCGUCGAAUGGCUGAAGACCCUCAAGUUCCUACACGAUCAGUCCUCAUGACACCCGCAACAAACCCAGUCUCCGGCUUCUUCGUCGCUCUUCGAAUCCGCGACCCUCUCCUCUUCUUCACAGCUUUCACCACCCUUCUCGCCCAAUUCCUCCCAAUUCUGCUCGCCAAUGUACCAUAUAGUCUCACACAAACAAGCGAAGCCCACGAGAUAUGCUCCCGUCUGAGCAUUGGUAUUCUUCUCAUCAUGGUCUUUGCCAUGUUGUCAAGUUUACUGGUCAAGUGGCCCGACUUGCCUGUCGAUCCACGAAGUUUGGCUGGUGCACUUUGGUACGUUGCUGAUGCACCGUGGGUGAGAGGUCUUGAGGGUGUUGCGGCUAUGAGUGCAAGGAAACGAAAAGAGGCUGUGCAGCGACUUGGAGGAAGUUGGACCUAUGGACCUAUUCAUACGCCUAUGGGGGAGAGGAUGUGUAUUGAGCAUGGAACCACUGGGUUCAGGAGAUAA